AUGAAGACGCCUACCCUAUCUCUUGCUGUAGCUCUUGCUGGCUAUGCAGUUGCAUACCCAGGAUACCUUGAAGGUCGCUCAGAGUGGGAGGCCCAGGAAUGGAUAGAACCAGGGCCUGACGACUCCCGAGGGCCUUGUCCAGGUCUAAACACUCUCGCCAACCACGGCUACCUCCCCCGGAACGGUACAGGAAUCACUCUCGACAUCCUCAAAGACGCCAUGCUGGAGGGGUUCAACAUCGAGCACGGCGAUGCAGAGCUUCUGUUCACCCAGGCGAUCAGGACCAGCCCCGACUGGCCGCUGACGCUCAGUUUCGACCUGGCAGACCUUGGUCGCCACGGUAUCUUGGAGCAUGACAUUAGCUUAAGUCGCUCUGAUGCGUACUUUGCCGACCCGAACCCCUUCAACGAAACCGUCUGGGCUGAGACGGAGUCGUACUUCACUACCCCGAUGAUCACGGUGGAGCAGCUUGCGAAGGCCAGGAUGGGCCGUCUCGAGACAUCCAAGAAGACUAACCCCAAGUUCGAGUUGUCGUGGCUGGCCGAUGGCUUCAGCUGGGGUGAAUGUGCUUCUUUCUUUGAGAUUAUGGCCGAUGGGACCUCCGGCACGGUGGACAAGAAGUACAUUGACUACUGGUUCAGAAACGAACGCAUGCCCACUGAGAUAGGCUGGCAACGCCGCAAUACCACGAUGAAGGGGAGUGAGCGCAGAAAGUACAGUAACCUACUCAAGGAGGCGGCUGGUGUCAAGGAUUCAGAUAGCUAG